GUUUGUUGAUUCUGAUGAUGUUGUGUUAAAAAAACAGAUUGAUAAACCAAAAACAGAGACAGAUUUAUCUGGUAGUGUAGUUACAUUCUUGCUGUAAACAAUAGACAGCGUUGAAUAGUAGUGUUGGAGUCAAUAUUUGAGUAGACAUGGGCUCAAGGCCCACAGUCGGCCUAGACCGAAAAAUUGUUUCAGGCCCAUAACAUGAUUACCGUCCAAGCCCAAUUACUUUAAGCUUUUUAGGCUUUCCUUUGUUGUAAUCGGAAGGCAAAAUUCAUUUGUAUAGCCAAAAUUUUGACGUCUGUGAUAAUAAUAAUAGCCGCUUUUGGAGAAAUACCAAUAAUCGCCGGAAUUUUGAAGGUUUCAUGAGAAAUUUAGUCAUUUCUGUUAUAUAAUUUGACGGCGUUAGUCAAAUUAACAGAAUGCUUACAUGGCUGUCAACUCACCGGACACAUCAUCGACAACUCAACAACACUUUUCACAUGGAUGUCAUGUCAUAUAUUAAUUUAAAAAUAAUAAAAAAAUCAGAAAAUGUUCACAUCCUCUCUCCUCUCCCACCACUCGAUGGCGUCGGUGGCCGCCUCCCUUAUCUCCAACUCUUCCUCUUCUGCGAGUCUGCGACCCCAACCGGAACGCCUUCCUCCUUCUUCGCAACCGUCGGCCUUCUCUCCAACUCUUCCUCUUUCCCUAUUUCUCACCACCUCUUCCUUCCCUUCUUCGAUCCCCUCUCUUCUCCAACUUCUACGCCCGCCUUCGAUUCGACUCACCGCCCCCUCACCUAUCCAAUUGCCUCCUCCGCCCCCUCAGUGUUGUCGUCUCCUCCGUUUGUCGCCCAAUCUUCACCUCCUCGUAGUCAAGACAUCCAUCUCUUUCACCCCGCACAAGUGCAAGCCGCCUUCCCGCUCCGUCGAGACCAGUCCCGAGGAGCUCCCCACCUUCUUCCGCGACAGGCGGUGGUGAGAACGAGAAGGGGGGAGAAAUCCGACUCAUUUUCCGACCACCGCACUUCUCACUCUGCCUCUGCUCAAAUAUGAACAUCUAGAAUCCAAUCUGGAGGCCGCUAGGGAAAUCGGCCAGUCCGCCAAGAAGAUUCCAAAGCGGUCACCAUCGCUAAAUCGACAGCUCUGUCUCCCAAUCGCACCCAUCACCAUCUCUCUCCAAAUUGAAAUCGGAUCCGCCGAUGAUUUUGAAGCGGGGGCAGCUUGAGAAAAUUAUUCGUGGCUUUUGUAUGGAUUGGACGCAACUGUUGAAGAUGGUGGUGGUAAUGGAGAAAGGAUGAAUUGAGGGCAAAGAGGAGCACUCUUCGUUUACCAGAGCUUGAGAAGGAAGAGGAAGAAAAAAUUUGGCCAUGGACAGAGGGAAAGAACGCGAUGAAGAUGAACGUCAGUUGGAGGAAAGAGAAGGGGAAAGAAUCGAGAAGCGAGAGAAAAAAUAAAGAAUAAAGAUUUUUUUCAGUUAAUUCCAUCUCAUAUUUUUAUUGACUAAAAGAUUGACAUGUCAGUUUUUUUUGUUAGUACAGUCAGCACGUUAACUAACACCGUCAAACAAUUGGACGAAAGUGGCUAUUUUUGGUAUUUCGUCAAAUAUGGCUAGGGGUGUUCAAAUGGUUACCGUGGUAAUAACCAACCCAAUUAAGCCUAAUUUUCAUUAACCAUGGAAUAAAAUGUCUUAACCAAACCGUCCAAAUUAACGCGAAAACCAAAUUAACCAAACCAAAGUUUAAUUGGUUUGGUUAAUCGGAUAAUCGGAUUAACCAAAUAACAUUACAUUACAUGAAAACAAUUAUCCUGUUAAUGAAUAAAACAUAACCAUAUGUUGUUACUAUGAUAAACUAUCAUUAUAUAUAAGCAAUAAUAAUAAAACUAACCAUCUAUGAUUAUCAUCAUCGUUCGAGUUAAUACAUCAUUCAUCAUCUUUGCAUCUACUAUAGUUAGCUUACAACAAACCCUUAACAUAAAUAUUAAAUACACACAAAUACCACACGUGAGGAAGUUAAAGCUCUCCUACAAAACACUCAAACUAUACAUAGUUUAAGGUGGUUGUCAUGGUAUUGUAAGUAAUUCUAAAGUCUAGUAGCUGUCCAAAAUAUUUUGGUUUAGUAAAUAGGCAGACCCAUUUAAUUUUUGACCCAUAAUGUUUUGGUUUGUUGUGCACAUGGAAAUAAAAUAGGGAAUCGCGA